GACGAGGAUGCGCGCUCGAUGGCGACGGAGGCGGCGGAGGCGCCCGAGCAUCGCACGGUAUAUCUCAACAAGGAGCAGCCGGCCAACAAGUGCGUCUCCAACGCCAUCACCACCGCCAAGUACAGCGUCUUCUCCUUCCUGCCCAAGUUCUUGUUUGAGCAGUUCCGCCGCUACUCAAACAUAUUCUUCCUGUUCAUCGCGCUGCUGCAGCAAAUACCGGAUGUGUCUCCUACCGGCAAGUACACCACGCUGACGCCACUGGUGUGCAUCCUGACCAUAUCGGCCGUCAAGGAGUUCAUAGAGGACUGGAAGCGGCACCGCGCCGACGACGAGGUCAACAACCGCCAGGUGGAGGUGCUGGACGAACACAACUGGCGCUGGAAGCGCUGGGCCGAGGUGGGCGUCGGCGACUUCUGCAAAAUCCGCAGCGACCACUACUUUCCAGCCGACCUGAUGCUGCUCUCCUCCAGUGAGCCGCAGGGCUUGUGCUACAUCGAGACGGCCAACCUGGACGGGGAGACGAACCUCAAGAUCCGCCAGAGCCUGCCGGCGACGGCGCGGCUGCUGGACACGCGCGACCUGGACCAGCUGAGCGCCCGCGUCGACUGCGAGCCGCCCAGCCGGGUCCUAUACGAGUUUGUCGGCACGCUGAAGGAGACCGGCAAAUCAGAGGUGGCGCUGGGCCCGAACCAGCUGCUGCUGCGCGGCGCCAAGCUAAAGAACACCACAUGGGUGUUCGGCGCUGUCGUCUACACCGGCCACGAGACCAAGUUGAUGAAGAACUCGUCGCCGGCGCCGCUGAAGCGCUCGACGGUGGACCAGCGCACCAACACGCAGAUCCUGUUCCUGUUCGGCCUGCUGGUGGUCCUGUGCGUUAUAAGCGCGGUGGCCAGCGAGUUCUGGACGGUGCGACACCAGGCUACCGACUGGUACCUCGGCCUUGACGAGAUGUCGACUGUCAAUUUCGGAUACAACCUCCUGACGUUUAUAAUCCUGUACAACAACCUGAUUCCGAUAUCGUUGCAAGUCACCGUUGAGAUUGCUAGGUUUAUCCAGGCCCUUUACAUAAAUAUGGACCAUGAGAUGUACUACGAGCCGACGGACACGCCGGCCAUGGCUCGCACUUCCAACCUGAACGAGGAGCUGGGCCAGGUCAAGUACGUGCUCACGGACAAGACGGGCACGCUCACCCAGAACGUGAUGGAGUUUAAAAAGUGCACCAUCGCCGGCACCAAGUACAGCUCGGCCGAGGAGCUGGAUGCUGCGUUGAAGGACCGCGACCCCAGCCUGCAGUCGGGUGACGUUAUCCAGGACUUCCUGCUGAUGGUGGCGGUGUGCCACACUGUGAUCCCCGAGGAGCAGGAGCGCGCCUCCGGCAAGGUCGUCUACCACGCCGCCAGUCCAGACGAGCGCGCCCUGGUGGAGGGCGCCAGCCGCCUGGGCUACACCUUCACCACGCGCACGCCGCAGACGCUCUCGGUGGAUGUGCACGGCCAGCUGCUGCAGAUCGAGGUGCUGAACGUCCUCGAGUUCACCAGCACCAGGAAGCGCAUGUCGGUGAUCAUCCGCCAACCCAACGGGCGUAUCCAGUUGAUGUGCAAGGGCGCCGACACGGUCAUCUACGAGCGGCUGGGCGACCCGCGCUACAAGGACGAGACGCUCUCGCACCUGGCCGAGUUUGCCAGCGAGGGCCUGCGCACGCUCUGCCUGGCCGUGGCUGACAUCGGCGACCAGGAGUACACGGAGUGGAUGGAGACCUACCACAAGGCGUCGACGGCGAUCCAGUGCCGCGAGGAGAAGAUCGAGGACGCUGCCCGGCUGAUCGAGACCAACCUGGUGCUGCUGGGCGCCACCGCCAUCGAGGACAAGCUGCAGGACCAGGUGCCCGAGACCAUCGAGUCGCUGCUGGCGGCCGAUAUUCACGUCUGGGUGCUGACCGGCGACAAGCAGGAGACGGCCAUCAACAUCGGCCACUCGUCCCGCCUGCUCCACUCCAAGAUGCCGCUGCUGCUUCUCAACGAGGACGGACUGGACCGGACACGCGCCGUGGUGACGGAGCGGCUGAACGAGAUGCGGGAGCACCGCGAGGAGGCCGGCCAGGUGGCGCUCAUCAUCGACGGCCGAACGCUGCAGUACGCGCUGACGCACGAGCUGCGCGCCGAGUUCAUGGAGCUGUGCCUGGGCUGCCGCAGCGUCAUCUGCUGCCGCGUCAGUCCCGGCCAGAAGGCUGAGAUCACCGAGCUGGUGACACAGCAGACCAAGGCCGUCACGCUGGCCAUCGGCGACGGCGCCAACGACGUGGCCAUGAUCCAGGCGGCGCACGUGGGCGUGGGCAUCGCCGGCGUGGAGGGCCUGCAGGCGGCGCACGCCUCGGACUACGCCAUCGGCCAGUUCCGCUUCCUGGCCCGCCUACUGCUCGUGCACGGCGCCUGGAACUACAGCCGGCUGACGAACGUCAUCCUAUACAGCUUCUACAAGAACAUCUGCCUGUACGUGGUGGAGCUGUGGUACGCCAUCUACUCCGGCUGGUCCGGGCAGGUGGUAUUCGAACGCUGGACCAUCGCCGCCUACAAUCUGCUCUUCACCUCCGUGCCGCCGCUCAUCAUGGGCUUCAUCGACCGCUCGUGCAGCGCCGAGACGCGUAUGAAGUACCCCCAGCUCUACAAAACCUCACAGCAGGGACAGCUCUUCAGCGUCCAGGUUUUCUGGCUGUGGAUCAUCAACGCGUUGGUACACUCGGUGAUGCUGUUCUGGCUGUCGUUCGGCGCCAUGGAGCAGGACGUGGCGUGGUCCAGCGGCAGGAAUGCUGGCUACCUCAUGCUCGGCAACAUGGUCUACACGUACGUGGUGGUGACGGUGUCGCUGAAGGCUGGUCUGGAGAUGAAGGCCUGGACGUGCCUGACCCACCUGGCCAUCUGGGGCUCGAUCGUCGUCUGGUUCGUCUUUCUCUUCGUGUACGCCCAGCUGCCGUUGGCGGACGACAUCCUCGGUCUGCACACCAUGAUCUUCAGCUCGCCCGUCUUCUGGUUCGGCCUGCUUCUGGUGCCGACCGUCACCAUACUGCCGGACGUGCUGUUCAAGAGCGUCGUCAACACCGUGAGCACGUCGCUGACGGACAAAGUGCGGGAGAGCGAGAUCAACUCCAAGGACCCAGCCGUUCUGCUGGCCGGAGAUGGCAAGCAAAAUCUAGAGCCCAUUCGGUUUGAAGACGCCAUGUUUGGGAGCAUCCCAGGCAGCUACCUCUCUGUUCGCGACUUUGGUUUGUAGCCGAUCGUUUUUUCGCCCUGCUAAUUUCACUUUUGGCCCUGUCACUUGCACAUGUAGACUGAACGUUUCUCGGUUUAGUUUGCAAAGUACGUUUUAAUAUCCGUUAAGUUGUCGGGUAACGUUUCGUUGUUAUGGAGAGUGAUAUCAAUCGACUUAUUGGCGUUUCGGUGUUGGUGCUGCCAUAUUGUACGCAUAAUGGCUGUGUUAUGUCGUAGUUUUUUGGUACAUUGAUUUGCGCUGUCUUCCUGUUGUGCCAUGCGCGGGCAUAACAUUUAAUGCGUCCAGAUACUUGCUCACCUCCUUAACGUUGUUAAACGCAUUCUGUUACGCUAUUCAAUAACAUUGCAACCCGA